UCUGGAAUAGCAUCAAUAUUCCUAAUUUUAUAAAAUUAGGAAUAUUUUUUAUUCUUUUUCCAGUUAUAUUAGGAAUCUUAAAAAACAUCAUUAUUUUUUUCCCCACCACAUUAUAUGAUUGGUGGGGUGUGGGGGUGGGUUAACAUUGUAAUGUCUGUCUAUAUAUAGACAUCUGCAGAAAGAGUGUUGAAUUACAAGAAAAAGAAGAAGAAGAAAACCCAACAAACAAACGGCUAUAAUUUACCGUUUAUUAUAAGUAGUCAAUCUACAAAGGAAAAAAAAAUUGGAAAAAAUAAUUCCCCUCUCUCAAUUUUGAUGAUAAUGGCAAUUCUUCAAUUGCUGUAAAAUUUUGAGAGGGAGGGGGUUGAUAGAUUUCAUUUUUUUUUUCCUUUUUUUUAAUCAGGGUUUUCUUCAAUUAUUUUUCUUUUUUGAUAAUUUUUGUUAUUUUCUGACAAAAAGAUUAAAAUUUGGAAGAAGCCAAAAGUUUGAUUGGGGCCAUUUUGGUAGAAGGGGUUUGAAAAAAAAUAUCUUGGUGGUGCUAAUGGUGUCUGAUAUUUAUUAUCCUUCAAAAAAGACAGACGAUUUUUGUGAAGACGUUUGUGGCGAGCAGUCUAGUCCAGGAAUGGUAAGCAUGUCAAGACUACGGUGUAUGCUUCGAGGGUUGGAUUUAAAGGCUAUUGUCUUUUUAGUUGUGUUUGUGCCAAUGUGCAUAGUUGGUAUUUACUUUCAUGGGCAGAAGAUUACCUACUUUCUCCGCCCAAUAUGGCAAUCUCCUCCGAGGCCCUUUAUUGAAGUUACCCAUUAUUAUCAUGAGAAUGUAUCGAUGGAGAACCUUUGCAGGCAGCAUGGAUGGGGAAUUCGUGAAUAUCCUAGGCGUGUCUAUGAUGCAGUUUUGUUUAGCAAUGAAGUGGAUAUGCUUACUAUUAGAUGGAAAGAGUUGCAUCCUUACAUCACACAGUUUGUUCUUCUUGAGUCAAACUCCACGUUUACUGGAUUGCCCAAGCCUUUUACUUUUGCUAUUAACCGGGACCAAUUUAAGUUUGUUGAGUCUCGAUUGACUUAUGGUACCAUUGGAGGAAGGUUCAGAAAAGGUGAAAAUCCAUUUGUUGAAGAGGCAUAUCAGAGAGUAGCGCUCGACCAGCUUUUGAGAAUAGCUGGAAUAGAGGAUGAUGAUUUGCUGAUAAUGUCCGAUGUUGAUGAAAUUCCUAGCAGGCACACCAUCAAUCUUUUGAGAUGGUGUGACGACAUUCCUCCGAUUCUUCACCUUCAUUUUAGGAAUUACUUGUACUCUUUUGAAUUUGAGCUUAAGCAUAGAAGUUGGAGAGCUUCAGUCCACAGGUAUCAGACUGGCAAGACUAGAUACGUACACUAUCGUCAGACUGAUUUGCUUCUGGCAGAUUCAGGUUGGCAUUGUAGCUUUUGUUUCCGCCACAUCUCAGACUUCGUAUUCAAGAUGAAAGCUUACAGCCACACUGAUAGAGUGAGGUUCUUGCAUUAUUUGAACCCUAGAAGAAUACAAGAUGUCAUUUGUCAAGGAGCUGAUUUAUAUGACAUGCUUCCUGAGGAGUACACAUUUAAGGAUAUCAUUGGUAACAUGGGACCUCUCCCUCAUUCUUACUCAGCCGUGCAUCUUCCUGCUCAUUUGCUGGAGAAUCCCGAGAAGUAUAAGUAUCUCUUGCCUGGGAACUGCAAAAGAGAAAGUGGCUAACCUUUUACCACACAGUUGGGUUCAUUUUCGUAACAUAGGAGAUUUUCAUGUGCCGAUUUUUUUGUUGCACUAUGAGGGACUCUUAUCAGGUAACUGAUGAUGGUCGUGUAGCAGUGCCAUAUACAGUUAAACCUUAUAUGCAACAAAGUCUAGGUUAAAAAAAAUGUUCUCAGGGAAGCGGCUGGGUAUAUAUUGUUUUCUUGGGUUCAUUUGAGGUAUCGGUACAUUCAUUUGCCGAGUAAAAAAUUAAUUUAGGGUGAUGUAAAAUCUUGGGUAAACUUAACCGUUUGCUGUCUGUAUUGCAUAACCCUGAGAUAGGACUCUUUGAAUGACAAUGCUGGAGCUUUUUGAUUGUAGAACUGUUUUUUUCUCUGUAUCUCCUGUUAAGAGACAUAUAUUGCAAUAUAUAAAUCUUGACAAUGACUUGGCAUAAGUACCCUCAACCUAUGACCGAUUUUGAAACGAAUGUAUGUUAGCCAUGUUAAUUGAGCUAGUGGUAUCAGUCCGACAGAGCAAAACAUCUGGCUGGUAAAAUGAAUAUGCUCUUGGAUAGUGCAUUUGGGACAGUUUUGAGUUUCUUGUUGGUAACUUGGUACUUAGUUUGAAUCCUGUGAAACAGUUGUUAGUUUCUUCAUAGGUUGUAUAUCAUUAUCUUCUUGCAGACAAAUUUAGCACACUGUAUCCAGAAAGGCCAACACGAAUGCCCUAUUUUCAUCUGUCAAUUACUUGUUUCCAUCUUCAAGCCUAAGAUUCCAUAUCUUUUUUGAAGCAAGUAAUGAUUUUCUUUCUUUGCUUUCUAAGAUGGAGUUCGAUAUGCACUCUGUGUUAAUAUACUUUCUUUUUGUUCCCUCUAGUUUUUGCAGGAAUUGAAUCUCAUCCUUGAAUCAAGAAGUCACUUUCUGUCUGCCUUUUUAAGAUGAAACUUUGAUAUUGCUGUUCACAUACUUAAUCAAGAUGUUUCUUUCACUACAAAGGUGACUCAUGACAGUAGCUUUUUCCUUAACCACUAAGGUGACUCAAGGCACUACUUUUUAUUUUAUGACCUAUGUGAAUUAAGUACAAAUUCGGACCCCUUGUUUUAGAUUGUAUAUGAAACUGAAUAUCUGUUUAGGUUUGUUUUUUUUUAAUACCAAAUAUCACUAUUGAAUUUUUUAGUACAAGAAUUCUAUAUACACCCAACAUAGUGUCA